AUGAUCACCUCGAUACAGACUGUCGUUACUCUUUCGCUUGGCCUGGCGGGCCUUGUCAGAGCGCAGUAUGAUCCAGCGCUGGUGGGCACAUGGACGACAAAGUCCAAAAAGGUUGUCACUGGUCCUGGCUUCUAUGAUCCUGUCGCCGACAAAUUAAUCGAACCGGACCUAGCGGGCAUUUCCUACUCCUUCACGAGCGAUGGGUAUUAUGAAGAGGCAUACUAUCGGGCAAUCUCAAAUCCAACGACUCCCCAGUGCCCAUCCUCCAUAAUGCAAUGGCAGCACGGCACUUACUCCUUGCCCGGAAACGGCUCCAUCGUUCUCACACCCUUUGGCGUUGACGGUCGCCAACUCACGUCCGCCCCCUGUUCCUACGACAACGCCAUCUACAUCCGCUACGAGCAGCCCGAGUUCUUCAAGUCCUAUCAAGUCUCUACUGACGCCUUCCACAACGUACCCAAGUUGAAUCUCUACCAGUUUGAUGGGAGCCCCAUGCAGCCCAUGUAUUUGAUGUACAGCCCGCCCCAGAUGCUCCCGACGCAGACACUCAAUCCGACCAGUGCGCCCAGCGCGACGGGGAAAUCGAGGGUCAAGCGCACGGAUGGAGGAGACGGCGAGCAAGAAGUACUCCAGCCUCUGAACCGAGACUCACACAUCAUCAAGCAACAACCCAGCGAGUUCUACAAUGCCGAUAGAUGGUGGUGGGCAGGAGUUGGACUGACGGCGCUUGGGACGGUGAUGUACAUGCUACCAACCUCAGCAUAG